CCGAAUCGUCGUCCUCUCGCCACGUCCGAUCAUCGGCUGUCGCCGGUCAUUCGAUCACGUCGACGUAAAUCAAUCGCGAAAUCGGGAUUCCGCCAACGCGAGCGGCCAAUUUCGCGUCUCGAACAUCGCGAGACAGGAAGUGACGCAACGAAUCGCCUAUACAUACACAUCACACACAGCACGGCGUCCGCGAUCCAAGAUGUCCGCAGUCUCGCGAUAGAACGCGUACCUUUUCGGGGGUGCUGUCAAGGGAGACGUCGCGGGGCAGCUUCCUAAACGUGAACGGCUCGAGCCGUCUCGCUCGCUCGACGAGAUCGAGGGAUUGACGUUCGCGCGUUCGCGAUUCACCGGGGUGUCGGUCCACGAGUGCGACUUUCCUCGGGAGCGAUACCGUGAAAAAGGGAAAGAGAGGGAGAGGGAGAGAGAAAGAGAGAGAGAGAGAGUGUAAGGUGAGAAAGGCAGAACGAGACGGGAAUCGAGCGUCAAGACUCUACCGUGUCGUUUGCUAACUUACGCGUGGAAUACAAGCAACUACGUAAAACGAUCCCCUCGAAUUAGCCGAAUAAUCUCGCGAAAUCGUGCGGAUUAUCGGCGUCGACGAUCGUCGUGUUCGGCGCGAAAACGAACCGCGGGGCGACUUUUCCUGUGCGCACGUUUCCUGUCCGCCGUUCACCUGCAUCUCGAAGACGGGGUCAGAAUCCGCGUCCGGACGAGACGCUCUCGAUGUCGAGUCUGUCGCCGCGAGGGACGACUUGAGUGACGAGCGGGCCUCACCGCGCAGUAGCAAAUUCUUAGGGGAAAUGCAGUGGAUAUGAAUUUUAGGAAAAGUUAAGAUGUCAAGUGACAGUGAUUAUACUUGUAUGGUACGUCGUCAUACUCAUAAACGCAAGAAAAUUGUCAUCAGCGACAGUGAUAGCAGCGAUGACUCUUUUAUUGUACAAACACGGAGGAAAAAAAAGAUAUAUAGAGUUGUUAGCGAAGGAGAAAAUAGCAGUGACGAUAGUGAUGUACCUAAACCUGUGAUUAGAAGACAAAACCAUAGAGUUAUUAGUGAGGAUGAAUCUAAUUAUGAUAGUAACGCAUCAGAGGCAAGCAAAUCCACUCAAAGUGAUAGUAGUACCACAACUGAAUGGCAAAGUGAUUGGUCUAGUUCUGAUGAAUUAAACGAAGACUGCAAGAAAUACAAUGCUAAGUGUAAAGUUUUAUCUAAAAAAAGAGAGGAAGUCGGUAAUCCCGGUCCUUCCUCAUCAUCCAAUGCCGAUGUCCACUCCAGUGAUAGUAGUGAUGAACAAUCGGAAAAAUGUCCUAUAUGCCUACUGCCAUUUAGAAAACAGCAAGUUGGUACACCAUCUGCUUGUGACCACUGCUUUUGUUUAGAUUGUUUAGUGGAAUGGAGUAAAAACAUCAACACUUGCCCUGUUGAUCGUCAAUCUUUCACUGUCAUCCAUGUUAGAGACAAUCUCAGAGGCGAGAUCAUAAAACAUGUACCAGUAGAAAUUGUGCCACGCAUUGAAAAUCAAGCACAAGAUGAUCCAACAUUUUGUGAAAUAUGUCAUCAAAGUGACAGAGAAGAUCGCAUGUUACUUUGCGAUAAUUGUGAUCGUGGCUACCAUUUGGAAUGUUUAACACCUCCAAUGACUGCAGUUCCCAUAGAGGAAUGGUUUUGCCCAGAUUGUACAAUUCACACAAAUAAUAGAAUGUUUGUAACGAACUUUUUGCCAAGUAUUAUGAUAAGCUCACGACGUCCCAGUCAACGUAUCCUUCAAUUCGACAGUGAACAUGGUUUAGGCAUAUUUCGUAGAAUAUUUCCUCAUAUUCGCAAUGUUGAUGAUGAUCGUACGUACGUACCUGCUAGCCUUCGCAAUCGCAGAAGCGUGCAAACUCGUGAAGUGCGCGAUGACGCUCCAGCAGACAUUCCCGAGCAAUUUAUCGAUCCGAAUUUGCCAUCUACUUCGUCCGGCCUUGAUUCGAUUGGUGACAAUAGUCGAAGUCGUUCUCCGAAUACUAGUUUAGAAGGUAAUGCUUCUUCGUCUACGCGCUCGAACAAAAAAUGCAAGACUAAAACAACGAAAAGAAAAAAGAAGAAGCUCGUGAAAAAUUCCGAGAGAAGCAGCAGUAGUUUACUUCGAGAGGUACGAAUCACAGAAUUGAACGAUGAUGGCGAAGAGGAGGAGAUAGUGACAUUUGUCAAAGUCGCAUCAUCUACAUCGAGGAGGAAGUGUAAGAAAAGAACAAAGAAAACGCGCAAGAGGAGAAAACACAAACGACGAGUGCGUACUGUAGCAUCUGUGCUGAAUAAGAAACAUACAGUAAAAAGAAGAUUGGCCUCUACACUUGGCAUGAAAAAACCAAAAGUGCCGCUGCUCGUACCUACCAUGAAAAGUAAUACUCCUAUUCCUGAAAAAAGCGCUCUCAUCAACGCCAGAUACAGCGCCGGUAUACCCCAAGUCAGUCUCUUUGGGAAUAAUCUAGGAAUAAAUUAUAGUCCACCUGGAUCGGAUGAAGACGAUAAUGAAUAUUCCAUUGGAAACGGUCCACUGAUAAAUAUACGGCAACGACGGUCGGCAGUACCGUCGAUCAGACGUCGCGCCAUUCUAAAAUCUAUCGCUAAUCCAAUCGAUGAAGUGGCAAGUGCAAACGCGAUGGAUCUGCUAAGUAGUAUAAUGAACAAUCAGGAGCUGUGGCAUUCGACCAAGAAGAAGGACGACGUAAUACUAAAGGCCGAUGGUACAUUAAUAGUAAACAAUCCUGAUAAGGAGAAUAAACACAGCAUUAAUAACAAUGAGAGUCCAAAGAAGGAGAAGCAAAAUGAAAAGGAGAUUUCGCAGCGUAAAGAGCCGAAUCAUUUGAAGGUGGUAGACACACCACUGGAUCUGUCUAAUGUCAAUCCUAAUGAUAUCACGCAGGCACCAAUGUACAACAAUCCCUGCGGCGGUGGCAGUGGUGGUGGCGGUAAUCGAGGCAACUUCCGAGGUGGCUACGGUCGCGACAAUAGCCGACACGGUAGCCAUGGGGGGCAGAGCUACGGCGGUCGCGAUUCGUUACCGCCGGGCGGUGGUAGACACAGUUACAGCAGCGGAACCGGCAGUGGUGGUCCGCGGGACAACUUCGGGAACCGCGACUUUGGUCCGCCGCCGUUCUACAAUCCUAAUUUCGAGCACUGCGGCGGACCUCCCAUGUUCGGCGCCCACGCGCCGCCGCCGCCGUUCCGCAGCCGUAAUCCGCAGCAUUUUCGAAAUGAGCGAUUGCGUUUCCCACCGCCGCCACCGCCGCCCAUCGAGCGACCGUUUAAUUAUACGGAUGGCGGUAGUGGCGGUUUCGAGCCAAGACCGCCGUUUCCGCACGCGACGGAUCGAUUUCCCCGGCCCAGGCCUCCUCCGUUGAACAUACCGCCUGCCAGUGCUUUACCUGUUGCACCAGAUCACUUGAACGUGCAGCCGCCGGUGCGCCUACACAAUAGUUUAUCUUCAGUCAAUCUACCCGAGGACACGAUACGAAAUUAUCGAUCGUCGUCUCCCGAGCAGAAUGAUCGCAUCGUAGUGCCGGAGCCUGUAGCCGCGCCAGCUACUACGCGCCAGGACAACGACGACUGUGACAUUUAUUGCGAUAUCGAGCCGCCGUCCAAGCCUGAUAGUGAUGUACAAGAGGAACUUCAUAGUAAUGGUUCGAUGAUUCUGUUGCCGCCACCGGAACCGCCGUCCGGCUUGUUAGAUUUUGAAGAGAAUUCCAGAAGCGACAAGGAUAACGAUAGCGAGCAGGAGUUGGUGAUCGAUGAUAGUCAUAAAGAGGAUACGCCGAAAGACGUGCCGACGAGCGGUGACAAGUACGAUCCAUUUGCCGCCGAUAGUGAUAGCAACGAUGAUGUUGCUGCUUCUCUAGAUGAAAAGGUGGUGCUUGAGAAAGUACAAGCAUCGCGAAAUAGUCUGGAUAGUCGUAACAUACCGAUGCCACCAUUGUUGAUUUCUGCCACGAGUUAUCCUCCGAUGCCAACAGUUGCCGCGACAACAGCUGAAAGCAGAGAACGGCCACAGGAACCCAUCCGGCUGACCGCAUAUGAUGAUGAUGACGACAAUGACUCCCAGUCAGACUGUCCGAAUUUCUCCAUCUACUCGUCGCAGACUAUGGAUGUAGCCAGGCACACGGAACAGGAACUAUCGCAACAGCUCGGACCGCUUCAACCGCCGCCGUUACCUCCUAAUAUCCCCGAUGAUGAUGAUAUCAUCGUGGGGGAUGUCCAAGCGUGCGAUUUACCGGACGUGCCUCCUGAACCUGCCGAUCCUUACGUCGAGGCAUUGCAGAAAGAGCGACAAACUCUGAGCAAGAUACCACCGAAAAAGAUCUCGCACGACCUGCAUCGCGGUAAAAUCACUUUCAAGAUUGGAAAUAAACUGAAACUAAACAACCGUCUGAGCGGACUACACUCCGACGAUCAUAGCAUAAAUUCGCAGAACCCAAGUUUUCAACAAAAAAAAGUAUUGAUGGCACCGCUAAUCGAGGAGCAGCAACAGCAAGAACGAGAUCCGGACAGCGAUAAGACUAUCAGUUCAUCCAAGUCAACAAUGGAAUCUACAGCAAUAAGGUCGUCGAUAGCAUUAAAUCAAUUGAUAGGACCGCAACUUGCCGAAGAAGACGAUAAGAGUCCGUCGACAGAAAUCGCUACGCCAAGCUCGUUCAAGAAGAAGAAGCCACUCCGAUUUAAUCGACGCGAGAGCGAAGAGAUCGAUUCGGAGAGUUCGGACGAGGAGGUUGCAAAGAUGGACGAGAUGAAAUCCAGACGUGUUAACGUCGCGUCACCCAGUAGGAAAGAAGUAGAAGAUUGCGAACAGGAAACGUCACCGCGACCAGCAGCAACGGCAGAUGAAAACAUUACAGUUGAAGAGAGUACGAUAUCGUCCGCUUUUCGGCUAUCUCCAAAAAAGUUGGAUGACGGUGAACUGAAUAUAGAGUGCAAUUCGCAGGAUUUGGAAGGCAGCGAUGCAACAACGAGCAAAGCUGUAUCGAGCCAUUCGAACGAUGUAUUACAAGAGGAAGCGAGCGCAUGUGAUGAUGACUUGCAGGAGCGGGAAUCGAGCAGCGAAGACUAUGAUCGUUCGCCGAGCAGUGACAAACCCGCCAAAGUGAAUCACGACGAUAACGACGAUAACGACAAUGACGACAAAACAUCGAGUGAUCCUAAUGAGGAUCCGAAUUCGUCGGAUCAACGGCAGGAGAAAGCGAGCUUCUCGAUGGAAACGGUUAUAGACGACGAGAUCGAGCAAUUCCCGAUAGAAAAGGAGAAGUUGGAGGAUGAGCCGUCUGCACCAAUCGAUAACAACUGGGACUCGGAUGGCGCUUACACUCCUUGCAAAGACGAGUUACCUGUGAGAGACGAGAGUGCGCAAGUAUCGGAACGACGCGCGGCAUCGUUCGAGGUCGGUUUAGAACCAAUCACCCCGACAAAAGAUAAGACGAAUGAUGAUCUCGACGAUUGUAGGACACCACCAGCCGGUUACGCCGAAUUAGGUACCGAAGCUAUUUCCGAGACCGAUGAGGCGAUAAAUUUCGAGGAAGAAUUAAACGCCUUGGCGUUACGCAAGGAGAAAGAAAUGGAAGACGGUGAAAUACUGGACGAGAGCAAACUAAACGCGAAGGAACGUGAAAAAUCCAAGGAGGAAAAAGAAGAAGAGGACAACAAAAGGAAAAAGAAGAAAGACAAGAAGGAGAAGAACAAAGAAAGUACGGAGAAAAACAAGGAAAACAUUUCAUCAGAUAAUCUGGUUGCGUGGAAAAAACUUUCGAAGAGCACGAAAGAAAGACCGUAUCGCGAUAAGGAUAAACGAUCCAAAUCAAAGGAGAAAGAGAAGGACAAAGAUAAGGAUAAGUCUUCCAAGAAAAAAACGAAGGAGGUAGGUAAGAAGAAGGAGAAGAGGAAGGAACUUCCGCGGUACGACGUGAGAAAGAUCGUAGCUGAGAAACCGUCUCGGCCAAGAAAGGAUGAGUACGGUAGAGAUAUCAGGGAGAAGUCGCGAAGCAGAUCAAGAAGUCGCUCAUCGGACAAGAUUCGAUCGGGCUCGAGGGAUCGACGGAGUCGAUCAUACUCGAAGGGACGGUCCAGGAGCAGAUCUCGUCUUCGAUUGUCUUGGUCGAGAGAUCGCGGUCGAUCGUAUUCCCGAUCGUGUCGUUCAAUCUCACGCAAGAGGUCAUCAUCUCGUACCAAACGCAAGACUUCGCGAAGACGAUCCAUUUCGCGUAGACGAUCUCUAUCAAGACGACACUCGGUUUCUCGAAGACGAUCGCGAUCACUAUCGCGUAAACGACAACGAUCGCUGUCACCCAGGCGACGAUCCAGGCGAUCAUUGUCGAGAUCUCGCGACAAACGGAAGGAUAAGACAAAGAAAUACAAGUCACGCAGUCGUUCGAGAAAUCGCAAGAGAUCGCGUAGCAAAUCACCGAAGAGAAUGUCAUCCAAGUCACGUGAGAAAAAGCACAGCAAAAGAAAAAUGCAUAGUCGAUCCCGAUCGAAGGGUAGAUCGAUUUCGCGAGAUCGAGAUCGGAAUAGGAAUUGGGAUCAGUUGAAUGAGAAGAGCGUCGACCACGAGCAACAGUUUCCUCGAGAGCGAGAAGAGCACGAACGUUCAUGGAGCGCACAAUGGACACCGUCUUGGUCACGAUCGAGAUCCAAGACGCCACCGCACAUUCAGCAAGAGCCAAUUGGAUCGCGUAACUGGUCGCCACCGCCCGUGCUAAAUAGCGUAUCGCCGAAGAACUUGACUGUCAUAUUGACAAACAAAGAAGCGAUAAAGAAGAAGAAGAAAGAGCGCCGGAAAGAGAGCAGAAAGUCUAAGGAGAUGGAAAAACGACGGAAGAGCAAGCGAAACAGAACCCCACCACCAUCUAAGGAAGUAUUCGCCAGCGGUGAUAACAUACUAGUAAGUGUGUGCUUUAACAAGGACAAUGAAACGAAUCCGGUGACUACGCCGGAACUGCCUCAGACUAUUCCUUUGGUGCCACCAAUAAAACGCCGAAGAAGAGAAUCAGUUCAGACGGAAUCCUCUGUACCUUCCGCGAAGCGAUCAAAGAAGGAAAAAACGAAGGACAAACGAUCCAAGUCGCCUAAGGUGAAGAAGGACAAGAAAAAGAAAUCCAAAGCGGCGGAAAUCGCGGCAACGAAGAAGCCCGUGGCUGUCAUCGAUCUGGAUCAAUCGCCGUUCCGUGAGCAAACGCCAUCUCCGCGCGAUGUUAUCGUGCUGAGCGACGACGAUGAUAAACAAGCGCAGGAGGCGCUCGCUGCAUCGCCAGAGCAAUGCCCGCCGUCACAGGCAUCACCGCCGCGCGAACAGUUUGUCUCGCAGGGUCCAAAGACGCCACCAGAGCCUCAGAUUAAGUUCUCCAUAAACAAGCAACCUAGCAAUCUCAGACCGUCCUUAAUAAAUCCGCUGUUGGAAGAGGAAGAGGAGGAAGAAGAAGAGGAGGAGGAGGAAGAGGAAGAAGAGAUGAUAGAUGAGCGGGUUGAAGAAGAGCUGGAGAUGCGAGCACAAGAGGAGCUGGAACUACGUCUAAAGAUUGGACCCAACACACCUCCUGAACCACCCACGUCUCCGCCGACUUCACCAGACGCGUAUGAUCCUUUCGACCCGACCAAAUCUCGAUCUCCGACGCCUGAUGCGAGUCAAGAAGCUACGCCGAAUGAUGAUCGCGAUCGAGCACAGCGCAAUUCGCCGAGGAAGCAUGAUGGAACAGUGGACGCUCCGUUGCCGUUGGAUGAACCGAACCAGCAGCAGGAUCAGCCUAGUCAGGAGAAACCGAUGGAGAAACCAAAAAUAAUAUCAAUGGUGACUAUCAAGAGACCAUCGCCGCAGAGGGACGUCUCCGCGGCUUCUCCUGUGCCGGAGAACCAAACUGACAUAGCUCAAUCGUGCAACAGUCCUCCUCCCAAGACUCAGCAGAAUCCGCAAUCGAAUGUGCAAUCAACUGCCAAUCCGUUCGCUACCAUUAAUCCUGUGCUAGCAACGGUGGCAGCCGCGGUGCAGAGGAGCUUCAACACUAGCACAACCAAUACCACACAGCGAACAUUGUUACAGUCUAAUCGCAUCUCGCCGAGUAAUCAGAUGAAACAACGUACAAACGACAGGCCGCAACUCCCUAAUGUAUUCGCAAAUUCUGCAAAAUCAUCCACCAUGGCGCGAUCUUCCAAAUCUACUCAGAACAAAAACAGUUCGACGAUAGGUCAGAACGGAAGUGAUGCCCCUAUAGAUAUGACGAACGAUAACGUCGUCGAUAUGUCAUCGCCGUAUUCACCGGGAUCGACUUUGAGCGACGGUCUCUUCGAUCCGCCUAGUCCCGCCAACUUCAACAACUCACCCGUUGCAAACGCACCACCACCAGCAGCUGCUAAAGCUACCGCGCCGAAGGUUAACAAAAGCGCGGAGAAGAAGGACGCCUUCGAUGCACUGUUUAGUGGAAUAUUGCCUCCCGUCAAAACUACAACCAAGAAUAGAAGCAAAAAAGUCGCUAAGGAAAAGACGAAAAAGUCAACUAAUCCCAAAGUUGGCGUACGAAUGGACGAAAAUCAGCUCCAAAUCUUGGACGAUCUUCCUAGUUCUGCUGUAGAAAUGCAAGUCAAGGACAAGUUUCUUAAGAAACUAAACCGGCAAGAGAGAGUAGUGGAGGAAGUGAAAUUAGUUCUCAAACCCCAUUACACCAAAAAACAUGUGACAAAAGAAGAAUACAAAGAUAUCAUGCGCAAAGCUGUACCUAAGAUAUGCCAUAAUAAAACAGGCGAAAUCAAUCCUAAAAAGAUAGCGCAUCUAAUAGAAGCAUAUGUAAGAAAAUGUCGAAAUAACAAGAAGAAAACUUCUUCUGCCAAGAUAACAAAACCUACGAAGACUUUAUGGAGUUGAUCACGUAUUGGCAAUCCUAGCGUAUUAGAAAUUUCUUCAUCGUUAGGCGCCUCUUCUUAAAUCUUAAAACACAUUCUAUCUUCUGAGUGGUAAGUGAAUAAACAACGUAUAUACAUAUAAAUAUAUAUUGACGAGCGCAACAUGUAUUGUGUGUACAUACAUAAUUCAUUAUUGUAUAAGCGUAAUAUUUUUAUUUAUCUGUUUACAUAUGAAUGAGAGAGAGAGAGAGAAAGAACGAAUGAAUGAAGUAUCGAAUAAGUAAAAAAUUGAAUGACUCGAUAUUAUUGAUAUCCACAAAUAUUAACGUUUAGACACGAUCUUUGUGCGUUAUAUGCGAAGGCGCUCGACGAUGUACGAUCUUUAUCAGAGAAUGUAUGGCCGUACAUUAUUGCGGUGCCUCCCCAAUUCGGAUUCGGAGAUCUCGAUCAACGAUCCUUAAACUAGGAAAUAUAAUUAGUGUAUGAUAAGGUCAUAUUUAGAGAGUGUGACAUUGUAAUCCAGAGAAGAACAGAAGAAUGCUCAAGAGCAAUUCGAAUCGCUAUACAUGAAAGAGAAAGUGGAUCGCCAAUUGUGUAUUUUCCCAGCAACACUUGAACUUGUAAAAUUAAUAGAUUCUUAAACUUACUAUUAUAGAUAAGUAAAAUGGCCUGUGGAAAUCUUUUUCAUACGAGUUCAUUUCGAUAAGCAAGAUAUGCGGUAACUUGGUUACUAUUUAUACUCUAUAAACGAAUGAUUUCACACACACAUAUACAAAUAUACACAUGAUGCACAUGUUUUCAUUGAUCAGCAAAUUAAUGUAAAUAUAAAUCAUAUAAAAUUGCCCCAAGAGCGCGUCAUCUUUGUAUGUGAAUCUGAUUUAAGCUUGUGUUGCCUUUCACUCAUGUGUCUACUAUUCUAAAGGGUUAUUUUUAUAUUACGUUUCAAUGAUACGAGAGAAUUGUAGAACAUCGAAAUCCCUCUCUAUAAUUCAUUUUAUUUGUAUAUUUCGGGAAAAAAAAUGUGUGCACUGUCUCGUGAAUAUUGUAAACCAUAUUUACAUCUCGUGUUUAGCGUCAAAUACGGUUGGUUAAUUCACAGUUCAUGUAUAAUGAUUAAUUAUAUAUUAUUGCAUUAUACACACACAUAUACAUGUAAUGAUACUAAUGAAAUACAAACCUGUAUUAAAAGAAGCAUGUGUGAAUCUGUCAUGUUAUUUCUGAGAAGGGGAUGCGAUCACAUAUACUAUACAUAUUUAAAAUCUUCAUUUUUUUGAAAGGCACUUGAUGUUUUAAAAUGUAUAAUGCGUUGAAAUAGAGAUAUAAUCAUCAAUCAUGAGUUUUUACAUCGGUAAAUAUAAAUAGCAUACCAUAUAGUUACAACUUUUGUGCAUAUAAAAAAUUUUGACAAAAUACAGUGGAUGUCCGUUUUGAAGAUUAAUACAUAGUGGCUUUUUUAAUUGAUGAAAAUAUAAAAUUAAUUCUAGAACACAAUAUAAAAAAAGAAG